UAUUCUGAGGCGGUGAUGUCAUCUCCUUCCUCUUUAUGGCUCUACCAUUCUUGCCCUGCCAUCUCUCACAUGGGCAGCUGUGACUGUCACUCCUUCAGGGAAGCACAGGUUGGCCAAACCCCAGAGCAGCAGAGAGGCAGCCCAGGGGGUGCAGCAUCUGCUCUGACCCCUUGGCCACAGCAUUCCCCAAGCCCGAGAUGGGUGUUACCUUCCUGCAACCUUGUGAAUCAGAGCCAGAAAAACAAAGUCAGAAGUGACUCCAUUUGUCAAGAAAUGGCUUCCGACAUACCUGGAUCAGUGACGUUGCCUGUUGCCCCCAUGGCGGCCUCUGGACAGGUGAGGAUGGCCGGGGCCAUGCCUGCCCGAGGAGGAAAGCGGCGUUCUGGAAUGGACUUCGAUGAUGAAGAUGGUGAAGGGCCCAGUAAAUUUUCAAGAGAGAAUCACAGCGAGAUCGAGCGGCGCAGGCGGAACAAGAUGACCCAGUACAUCACCGAGCUCUCUGACAUGGUCCCCACGUGCAGCGCACUGGCCCGGAAGCCAGACAAGCUCACCAUCCUACGCAUGGCUGUCUCGCACAUGAAGUCCAUGAGGGGCACAGGGAACAAAUCCACAGACGGGGCCUACAAGCCUUCCUUCCUCACCGAGCAGGAGCUGAAGCAUCUCAUCCUGGAAGCCGCUGAUGGUUUUCUGUUCGUCGUGGCAGCCGAGACAGGGCGAGUGAUCUACGUGUCUGACUCAGUCACGCCUGUUCUGAACCAGCCCCAGUCAGAGUGGUUUGGGAGCACCCUAUACGAGCAGGUGCAUCCUGAUGAUGUGGAGAAGCUGAGAGAGCAGCUGUGCACCUCGGAAAACUCAAUGACAGGGCGGAUCCUGGACCUGAAGACGGGGACAGUCAAGAAAGAGGGGCAGCAGUCGUCCAUGAGGAUGUGCAUGGGCUCUCGGCGCUCUUUCAUCUGCAGGAUGAGGUGUGGAAAUGCUCCUCUGGACCACCUGCCUCUAAACAGAAUAACCACCAUGAGGAAAAGGUUCAGGAAUGGCCUCGGCCCCGUGAAAGAAGGUGAAGCCCAGUAUGCUGUGGUCCACUGCACAGGAUACAUCAAGGCCUGGCCUCCCGCAGGAAUGACGAUACCCGAAGAAGAUGCUGAUGUGGGACAAGGCAGUAAAUAUUGCCUGGUGGCCAUCGGGAGGCUCCAGGUGACCAGCUCUCCCGUGUGCAUGGACAUGAAUGGGAUGUCGGUGCCCACGGAGUUCCUGUCCCGGCACAACUCUGAUGGGAUCAUCACAUUUGUGGACCCGAGGUGCAUCAGUGUGAUCGGCUACCAGCCCCAGGACCUUCUGGGAAAGGACAUUUUGGAAUUCUGCCACCCGGAGGAUCAGAGCCAUCUGCGGGAGAGCUUUCAGCAGGUGGUGAAACUGAAGGGCCAAGUCCUGUCGGUCAUGUAUCGAUUCCGCACCAAGAACCGGGAGUGGGUACUGAUCCGCACCAGCAGCUUCACCUUCCAGAACCCCUAUUCCGAUGAGAUCGAGUACAUCAUCUGCACCAACACCAACGUCAAGCAGCUGCAGCAGCAGCAGGCAGAGCUGGAGGUGCACCAGAGAGACGGGCUGUCCUCCUAUGACUUGUCUCAGGUCCCUGUCCCCAACCUACCUGCUGGUGUUCACGAAGCUGGGAAAUCUGUGGAAAAGGCAGAUGCAAUCUUCUCCCAAGAGAGAGACCCCCGGUUUGCUGAGAUGUUUGCAGGAAUCAGUGCAUCGGAGAAGAAGAUGAUGAGCUCUGCCUCGGCAGCAGGAGCCCAGCAGAUCUACUCCCAGGGAAGCCCAUUCCCUCCUGGACACUCAGGAAAGGCCUUCAGCUCUUCAGUGGUUCACGUGCCUGGAGUGAAUGAUAUUCAGUCCUCAUCAUCGACGGGCCAGAACAUGACCCAGAUCUCCCGGCAGCUAAGUCAGAGUCAGGCUGCAUGGACAGGGAGCCGUCCACCCUUCCCGGGACAGUCCAGUAAGACCCAGUCAUCUCCCUUUGGAAUUGGGACGAGCCAUACCUACCCAGCGGACCCGGCUUCCUACAGCCCUCUCUCCAGCCCGGCCACCUCCUCACCAAGUGGAAAUGCCUACUCCAGUCUUGCCAACAGGACUCCAGGGUUCGACAGGAUUAAGGAGUCAUUGUGGAAUGAACUGCAAGUUGCUGAGAGUGGACAGAGCAGCGGGCAGUUCCAGGGGAGGCCCUCAGAGGUCUGGUCGCAGUGGCAGAGCCAGCACCACGGGCAGCAGAGCGGUGAGCAGCACUCCCACCAGCAGCCUGGCCAGACUGAAGUGUUCCAGGACAUGCUGCCCAUGCCAGGAGACCCAACCCAGGGGACUGGCAAUUAUAACAUCGAGGACUUUGCCGACCUAGGCAUGUUCCCGCCCUUUUCUGAGUAGCUGUGGGGCAGAGCAAGGCUUCCCUGUGCGGGGCCACCACGCUGUGACAUCAACACCCAACUUGCCCUGCCGCAGGACCCACCACAGUGCCCUUGUCCCUGCACGCCCCCAGGCAUGGCACUACUCAGCUCUCACCCAUAGCUGUGGCUUCUCUGUUGCUACUGACCAGGGCCCGGCUGGACAUCUGGGGCUUGGUUGUAUUUAUUGUAUUUGCUCUGUGCGUGCUCGGGAGAUGAGCUCUCUGGCCCCCAGACUCAGCUAUGAAUAUUUCCUUUUAGGCGGUGUCCACCGUACGGAGUUCACUUGAUACUCAGAGCAGCAGCAGGCCUGCCUGGGACUCUGGAAUCAGCUUCUGCUUGCUUUUCACAGCUGCUGGCUGGUGGCCUGGGGUGGGGUAGGAGGCAGGGAUGGUCAGGGCCUUUGUCACACCCGGACCCAAGGAGUGUGGGGACUCAAGGAUGCCCACUGCCCUGCUCUUGUGCCUGUGGGCCCAUUGUGACGUGGAUGUUUGUGCUUUGCAUGUUGUGCCUCAUGUCUGUUGUAUGUGGCCAGAGUGGGUGUGCAGAAUUCAGACCAUAAGGAGACUGAGAACCAGAAUACACAGCCCCUGCCCCUCCCAGUACUCUGCAGUGUCCUCGCUGAGAUUGCUGGCGCAGGGCAGCAGGUGGGGGGGACCAACAGGCUUGCCCUUCCACGGUGUCGCCAGGGCUGGGGACCUGCUCACUCUGAGGGUUCAGUUCUUCAGUCUUUGCCUCUGCUUUGGAACCAAGCUCCUCUGUGUAAGAGUAGAAGCCCUGUUCUCUUCUCAGAGCCCCAGGGAUCACUCACAUCUCUCAGCAACAGCAGGGCCAGAAUGCCUGGCCUCCUGGGCCACUUCCUGGAGUGGAUGGGAGCAGCUUCUGUCUGGAGAGGGCACCUGAUUCUCUGUCCCCCAGAGGGACACAGAGCACACAGGUCUGCAAGGCAGAGGACAGGGCUCUGACUCUAAUGGCAGAUCUGCUCCUGCCACACAGUGUCCAGGGCCCUGAGUCCCCGGUGGUCUCAAGACAGGAGUUCUGGCUGACUUCCAGAAGCCUCUGCCUGCUGCCCGUUGAGCCCAAGGUUCCUGGCUUACUAUGUUUGGCUUUCACAGUCGCCUGCCUCCUCUUGCACCCUUCCUGGGUGAGGGCUGUCUCCACCCCGUCUUUUGCCUCUUUUCCCACCAGUCACCUCAUUCUCCCACCACCACCCAUCAGCCUGCUGCUGCCCACAUGGGAGAGAGGAGCCCACCCUUGGGAAAGCCAUGGGGUCCCUCCAAGCGUCCCUGCAGACACUCUGCAUGGCACCAUGUCCCUGCCAGUGGAUCCUUGAGGUCAGGGGAAUGAGUGAGUGGAGGGAACCCCAGUGCAGGGAAGAGCAGGGCCACUGCUCUGGUUCCCCGGAAGCUCUGCCUGGUGCCCAGGCUUUCCUGUCAAAAGCCAGCCUUCAUCAGCAGGAUGCCCUCCCCUAGGACCUGGCCUUCUGUGAUCCCCAUUCUGAGAGCAGCUGAGCCCCGGUACUGCAGUCUAUAGUGCAGCUUUUAGUCCAGCAGACAGCGGUGAUUGGGUUUCUGGGUGUAGAUGCACGUGUUUGCUCUAUCCUCAGAGGAGCUCUAACUGCUGGGGAAAUGGGAGUAACCAUGGGCAGCCACAGGUUGGGCUCCUUCUGGUGCCACCCAGCACCCUCUCAGUGCCCAGCACGGGGCUUACCCUGGGCAACAAGCAUAAUCUUUCCCCCCGCCAGAAGGCACAAAACUAGCUUUUGAAGCAAAAAAGUAUUUCUCAGUGAAAAGGAAAUAGACUUGGUAUGGCCUUUAGCUUGUGAGUUUGGAAGGUUCAUUUCUGCCCUCUGUAUGUCAGAGGACAGUUGGGUGACACCAGAGAGCAGCCAACUGUGCCGCUGUCCUGGUGGUCUUUGCUGAGCCCUGAGGGAUCUGAAACCAGCAGAGAGGAUCUUGCUCCCACCCACUUCCCAUCUGCUUCUCUAACAUCAGCAGUGAAGGAUUUCUGGUCCUGGGAGGCACAGCCCAAGGACAGUAGUGACCACCAAGGCCCAACCUCCUCCCUCCCUGCCUUGUCCUGAAAGCUGGGCGGCGACCACAAUGGGUUCUGAUGGGUGGUGUGAGCCCUUUGUCUUUUCUGUCCCUUACUCUGCAUUUCAUUGUGAUUCUCAGAAGCCAUCUUAUAGACAGUAAGAAAAUAGACAAGGAUUGACAGGGAAAAGCCCAGUUCUUGACAGAGCUCACAGGAGUGCAUGAGACAGUGGAAAAGAAUACAGCCCUGAACUGAAGGCUUAGUGUCCUGGUUUGGAAAAGAACCGCAUGCACCCAUCCCAUCCAGCUCGCCCAGGAGGCCGUGGUGCCAUUGAGCUCUGAUGUGUGCUUGGUCUGCAGCCUGUGCCCAGCCAGGCCCCCUGCUGCCGGAGACAGGUCAUUGCUAGAUAAAGGGAGGCACGUAGCUUCCUGUAGCAGUAAGUCACUUCCUCUCUCCCCAACAUUUCCCAGCUUCUCCUCAGGCUGAGGGCUCCACCAUCACUACCGUCAGUGAUGACACACUGAGGCUUCACCAGGGCUGGCCAGUAAUGGUGAUGGUGGCUGGGAAGGUUCUAGAACAUGCUGGCUGCAUGUUCUAGCCUGCACUGUCCUUUGCUCUGGCUUUGUUGUUAUCUCUGUUCAGGGAGUGACAGAUCGUCACAGGAGCCACAUUCUCCUUCACUUCCCUACAUAUCAGGUUCAGCCUGCUGGUUACUUUGUGACUAGAGAACAGUGCUGGGGGAGGGGCUGUGCCGGUCCCUAACAGUUUACACGAGUCUGCUGCGUCAGUACAGUGAUCGUAUCCCUAGGUUAGCCACACCUGCGGGUUUCAGUGCUCCAAACAGCCUGGUGCAGGAGGAGGCAGGCCCUGGUCAUUGAGGAAGGCUCAGUGUCCCGCACACAAGCAAGGACCAGCCAUGAGCCGUGCAAUGAGAACCAUGCAUGCUCGCCCAACUAGCAAAACUGAGGCUUCACAGGCUGGGCAGGAGCAGAACAGCUUGCUUCAUCUAAUUUAACAAUCGGUUUUCUUAAAGAAAAGAAAAAGAUCUCACAAGCAGGCUUCAGUGAACAAGCACUUAAUCAUCUCUCUUAAUCUUUCUUAUGGAUGUGAACUGUGCUGUGGAUAAGUCAUUGUUUGUAUUUCUUGUUUCAUUGUUUUCCAUGACUAACAGUUAUUAAGUUGGUGUGUAUAUGUAUAACUAUUGUAACUGCCUCUCAAAUUUUCAUUAAAAUAAAAACGACUUUGCUCUGAACUGUGAACCCCCAGA